GCAACGUGAUGACGUAGCGGAUUGCACAGAGAAGAGGCUUCAGGAAGGAGUGCGGUGCAGUUUUAGCGAUAGGUUUUUACCACAUUAUUUAAUCGAGAACAUGACGCUCAAUAGAAAUCACUCUCCAAAUGGUGGUAUUUUAAUUAAUAACGGCGAAAGCGUGCUGAGGGAGUAUAAGAAUGUGGAGCUGUCCUUCAGUGAUGUGACCGGCAGGGGGGAGUUGUUGAGGGGCACCAGGAAGGGCACCGCCUACUUGACUCCAUACAGGAUGGUCUUCGUUUCCCACAAUGCCAAGGACAGCUUGGUCUCUGUGAUGUUCCCCUAUUAUCUGAUGAAGGGCUGCAGCAUCGAACAGCCUGUCUUUGGUGCAAACUUCAUCAAAGGCACCAUCUCGGCUGAGCCUGGGGGUGGCUGGGAGGGACAUGCCGCUUUUAAGCUGGUCUUCCCUAGUGGAGGCGCCAUAGAAUUUGGCCAGCAGCUCUUCAAGCUGGCCUCCAACGCCUCACGUGCGCCGCCUGUGCCCAGUGGAGGUGCUUCCUUUGGCUACCCCUCUCCUGGAGGCAUGAAUAAUUAUGGGCCUGCUGUUCCUGCGCCUGCUCCUGCUCCACCCCCAGCCCCAUACAAUUAUCCCCAGAAUUACCCCUAUGUGCAGCCACCCCCGAGCAAUGGUUACUAUCCAGGUGCACCUCAGCCGCCUGCUGGAAUGGGGUAUCCCUGCCCACCAGCUUCUGCAGGGGUAUACCCAGUUGUCCCAGCAGUCCCCAGUGCCCCCCCUGCCCCCAGUGCCCCUCCCUACAUGCCGCCUCCUCCACCAUACCCUGGACCUCCCCAGGGCUGGCCAGCUCCCUACCCAGGUCCCGUGCCAGCGGACGCGGCAGGCAAUGCGUUCUAUAUCCCCAAUAACCCUCACAAUGCAUACAUGCCCGUGGAACAGCCUCCCCCCUAUGCCCCAUACGCCCCCUAUCAGGACAAGAAGAACAACUGAGACCAUUGAAAAGAAGCAAUGUUCCUUAAGUAAGGUGUCUCUGACCGACCCCCAGCUGGUAGCACUCAUGUACAAUGAUGUGCUUUUAACCAGGCCUUCUGUGCUGUCAUACAUAUCAGAAUACAGUCACCAUUGAUGUACCAAAAACCAAAAUCAUGGAUUUUGGAAGAAACCAAAAACCAUGUGACAUUUGAUGAAAAUUAACCCCCAGCUGUUUCCUGUUGUGUAAUAAUAUAAAAUAAUCGAUUGGCCCUUUUUAGACAAAUACUUUUUUUUGUGCAAUCCUGUGAAUUUUUUGCUGGGAUUUUCGGUUUAGCCAUUAAGAAUGAGGAAAUGAUCAAGCCGAAAGAAAUCUUGUAUGGGUAUUAAUUACAGAAUUGAAAUACUCAUUAAAAUACUUUUUUACAAAGUAUGUAUAACUAAAACACCGUAUUGGUUCUUAGUAAGUGAUAACGUUAUUUUGAAGUGAGAUUACUAACUAUAUGCACAUGGUAUAUAAAUGCUAUCAGUAGCCAUUCUCAGAAUAGUUAGUUUGUUUGCCGUCAUUGUCAUUUAUUUGUUCAUUUUCAUUAUUAGUGUGGUAAAUGUUACUGACCAAACGCUUCCCCCCUCAGUUGUGUUAAUGCAUCUAUUGAAUUGUUACUCAUUCUUACUGUCACAGCCUAGAGACGUAGAACAAGUUGCAAGGAAUCCUCAAUGUUAUAUAAUACUAAGUCAGUCAUGAGAGGUUAACGUGACCAUAUUUUUUUUCUUUUACUUGAUGUGACAUUAAGUUAUGGUUUUUUGUUACAUUCAUACGGUGUUUAGUACCGUUUGAUUUGUCUGCAAGUUACUAACUGCAUUCGUUUUGUUUUUUGUUUGCAUGUUUGUGUCAUGUGGUUUUCUUAUUAUUAGUACAAUAGUAAAACUAUUGAUAAAUUGAGUAGAAUAUAAUAGUGAUAUUUAAUUAAUCCCCAUAGGGAAAUCCUCUUUUCACCAUCUUGCCCUCCCGAGACAUGCAGACACAUGUUGGUUGAGCACAAGCUUGGGGGUGACAUUGCAGGGGCAGGCAGUGUACAGCACCCCCGGAGCUUAGUGUUAAGUGCCUUGUGCAGCAAUGCUUGGCAUCAGUCUUCCAGCACUGGGAUUUAAACCGACAACCUACCGUUCAUGGGCACAGACUCCUAACCUGCUGAGCCACGCAUCACCCCUAAGGGUAUACCUAAGGAUAAACCAACUCCACAUUCUUUUUAAUAGCAUCUAGAAGUGUUUUGUGUUUGGCUAUAGACCAGCAUAAAUUGAUUUAACAUUUCUGUCCAAAUUUUAAGGGUGUUGUUGAAUAUGCAUUCGUUUAUAUUCCAAAAGAAGUUAAUCCUUGUUGGAAUAUUUCAAAAUUAGUUAUACUCUACUAAAGCAUUUCAAGAUGUUAUUUGAGGUGUGCUCAAAGAUAAAUUUAGCUCUAGUCGCUACGGACAUUUCACUUGUAAGUCUGUGUUGGCAUUGCACUGUUCGCCUGGAUACUGAUUGAAAGACUGCUUAACCGAUCAGUGAGAGACAAAUAGCUAAACCGCAACAACAAAGUGAUUGUGAGACAUGAAUAAAUUAGAAUCUGGAGCCAUUUGGUUUACCGGAGACCACAAGGUAUUCAAAUAACUCUGGAUUUCCGAACAUAAUACAUUUAAAAUAUUCUGUAGUGAUGACAAGGAACCCAUUUUUGAAAGAUGCACAUACGGUCAAUCAUAUGAAAUGUGCUAUAUGUCUGACAAUUUUUUAUGAAUAUGGAACAAUUUUCCGUGCAUACAGAUGGCAGUUUGUGUGCACACAGUCGCUUGGUGCUGUUCCGGCUCUCACGAUGCUCUUGCCGGUUUCCAAGGCUUUCGGUAUCUUAAAUCAGUACCACAGCAUGAUUUCAUCAUUUUGACUGUGGAUUCUUUUCCCCUUUUCCUUUAAUUACAACCCAAUUGCUAUUCUUUCAUCACGGGUUAAAGUUCAUGUGAACACAUUGACUAUGUGACUGUACCUGGACAGACCACGUUUAUGCUGUGCAUCAGGUAGCUACACUCUGCUCACUAUCCAAAUUUGUCAUAAUUUUAAAGACACAUAUUCUGUCCUUUGGCUCGGUUCAUUCGGACUAGGAAGAUGUAUUUCGGUCUUGAAACCCUGGACAGGCAAGUCAUUAAUGAGUCAGAGUAGCAUGGAUUGUGAUACCAUGGCAGUAACAAUUAACAGCUAUUAAUGCACUCCGCCUUUAAGCUUAUUUAAGGUUUUAAGUGGUCAUGGAAUGUUUUUGCACAGGGGAAUUGUUUGUAUUAGGAUGGACAAGCGUAAAUGUAUCAGUAGUGUUUCAAUAUUGUUCCUAAUUUGUAUCUAUGUUAAAAAUAUUGUAAAUAAAUACCUCUGAACCAUUA